AUGGCGACUGGACAUGUUUCUGGGGAGCUCCCUGAGACCCACUGCACAAAAUCGAAUUUCGGCACCAUUACAGCAACUAUUUCUAAGCCUGACACCUACUCUUGGUAUCACGACAUGACAGGAAGAUCGGGGACCAUGCCCGGCAGCCCUCUCGAACACACCAGUGGCCAAAGCAAAUCAAGACCUAGCAGGCGCGUCGGAGGGGAGAGGCGGCCGCUCUCCCGGACGGAUGCAAACAUGGACCCAAGCGUGAAAUUGAUGCCCUGCUUUCCCCCCCUUUGGACCGGUGGGGGUGAUCCCGGUCCCCACUCCGGCAGCUGCCGACACUCAGCAGAGAUCCGUGGCGUAUCCCUAAACGCCAAAGAUAUUGAUAGAGAAGCCAGCAAAAUGGCGGACGCCACGGGACACCUGGAGUCACAUGAAGAGACAUCCACUCUUCACCACCGCCUGCAAGCCCUCUUCGCUGCUUUCUGGGAAAAGCUGGAGAGUAAGCUGACCCUACCUGCUCUACAGUCCGCAGAGGCUCCCUCCAAACGCCUUCAGAUUACUGCCAUCAAAGUCCUGGUGAGACGGAGAAGGCAAAGGCUGCAUCGGCAACGCACCAGAAAAGCAGCUGCAAACACUGCGGAAUGCAGACGAAUCUGGCAGCACAGCACCAUAAGACACAUGUGGGAGAUGAGUCCGGAAGGAGAGAGAGGAGGGAAGCAAACCCAGAAUCCGCAGCUGACUCCAUUGGCUAUAAGGAAGGAGGCACAUACCAUGUGGGACUAUAACUUCCCUGUACAGGGGAUAGGCUGA